AUGAUUGAUUAAAUUUUCUUGCUUAUCUUUAAUUUUUAAGUUGAAUGUUUUAAGAUUGGAAUAUCAUCAAUUUAAUUGUAGAACGUCUUAAUUAGUAUUUCUUUUGAUAAAAUAGAGAAUGUUAAUUUCGAUAGAAAUUUAAUAAUAGGUUAACAGGUUAAUUAUUAGGAAUUAUAAUAAUAACUUUUAAGUUAAAUAGGUAAUCUAUUCAGCUGUCAAUUUUUGUAAUAAUUUUAACCACUAAUAUCAAGUUUAAAUGCUGGUGAAAGAGUGAAAUUAAGAAUUAACUCUAUACUAUUAGAUCUUUUAUUGAUUAAUAAAAAUAGUAAAAAACAGAUUGGAUAUAUGAUAAACAUGAACAAAGAAAUAGUUUUUGUUGAUUUUAUCUUAAUAACAAACUCUUCAAAAUAGAAUAGAUUGUCUUUGAAUUUGUUCUUUAAUAUGUUAUAUAAUACAUAAAUUUAGAAUAAUUUUAAAUAUAGUGGUAGAUGCAUACUGAAUAGGCUUUAAAUUUUUUAAAGUUUAUUAAAGCAAUACUUCAAGUAAAUAAGCAUAAGUAAUACUUUUAUUGAAAGGGUUCAUAAAAGUAAUUUUGAAUCAAUUUGA